AUGAACCAGACUGGCAAGGAAAUCUUCUGCGCGCGAUGUAAUAUUAGGUUUUCUCUGCCUAAGUAUUACCGCGCGCAUGUUGGAUACUCUAUAAAUCAUAAUGCCUGCCAUUUGUGUGGGAACCACCAGGACUUUGAGACCUUUACCAGCCUACAGAAACAUCUAGAGGAUCAUCAUUUCUACUGUGAACCUUGCAACUGGUUUGCGCCCUCAGCUAUCGGAUUGCGCCAGCACAACACCUGUAAACACUACCUCUGUGUUGCCUGUGGUGAUUACUUUCCAAACGCGCAUGAGCUGAAUGGGCAUGCAUUCAGGCAUAGACCACGCGGAGUCUCCUGUUAUUGUUGUCCCCAAGACUUCUCUACCCUCUCUGCAAUGUUCAAUCAUCUCGAAUCUGGAAAUUGUCCCUCGGGAGUAGGGCCUGAUGAUAUACUAGAGCUUGCUGCGAACUUUGUUCGGUCCUUUAAACCUGAAAAGGAUUACAUCUUCUUCUGCCAUGGAUGCCAAAAGCCUUUUCGCCGAAUGUGUGACCUCUUGCAGCACUCGGAGACCAGCUCCUGCAAUGAAGGCUACUGGAAAGGAUCAGGCUAUGUUGGAUCGAUGGUCACGUAUAUUGCUACCUGCAUUCCAGAUUUCAUACCAGAUCCGGAUGAGAAUGAUGACAAUGACGAAGCAGCUCCAACUCCUCAUCCGAAAUUCGACAUCCCCAGGAUCAUCAUUACAGGGCCUACUUGA